AUGGAAGAAUUCGAGGAAGAUCGACUUGGAAUGACCGAACAAGAACAACAACGAGCGGAACUUUAUGGAAACACGAUACUAAUACGAGACUGCAUUGAGGAUCAGACUUAUCCUAUGCCCCUACGGUACAUCAUUAGUGGUAUGUCUGGCCUAUACGACAAGUCAGACAACUGCUUCGUUGGAUCUGAAAGCGAGUUGAGUCGACACGCGGAGAACACAGUCUGGGAAGAGACAGUAUACGGAGCCAGGAUGCCUUUUAGAGUCUACACGGCGUGCGCUAGCGCGACUCCGAGACCUCCACCUAAACUACUCACCAGGAAAGAGUGGAGACAGCAAUCGAAAAAGGGGAUACUCUCUUGGCGGAAAGAAGAAGGGAGGGCAGGGGUGAAGAUCAGACGUGUCAUGCCCAUGAAAGGCGUCGAUGUUGAGUUUGACCACUCCCUCAUGCCACUUCUACCAGGUCGUGGUGAGCCUAUACCAGGCGAUGAUCGCGCGAGUCAAGAUCAGUAG